AUGCGGGGAACUCCCUUUUUCCACAUCCGACCUGGUAUCCAUCCACCACCACAGGGAUCCUCGCACACCCGAGACGCUCCACCACCCGCGUGGGGAUCCCGCAUUCACAAAAUAAGAUUUACCCGACAGACGGAACCGCCACCAACGAAAAACGGGACCUCACUUCACCAGCGCGACGAGGACCUCCACCACCACGGGACCGGAUACCCACCACCACAGAGACCUCCAACACCCACAGUGGUGCAGCAACUGCCACCCCACACGAGAGCCUCCACCACCCCGGCGGGAGAACUGGCACAACCGCACGACACGGACCAGGAACCUCCAAGCGAGCUGGAACCCGCGGACCUCCGCACCAACCGCCGUCGCACCUCCACCACGCCCGGGACCCCACCACCACGGGAACCCCCACCACACGCGACCUCCCCCACCACGGACCGAUCCCCACACGGAGCCGUCCAUCACGCCACGGGACCCUUCCCACCAUCUGGCCAGAUACAUACCAGUGGAGACCGGAAGGACUUGCCACCACCGCCGGACCUCCACCACAGUCAAGUGACCUCCACCAUCCCCGGGAUCCACCACCCACCACCAUCCACGGGACUCCCACCACCACGGGACCCCACCACCAGGCGGACCUCCACCACGCCCGGGACCCGCUUCACCAACCACGGCCUCCUACAACCACUGGGAAAAGCCCUUCCACCACCACGGGAACCGUCCACCCAGCGCCGGGACCUCACCGACUCACGGGAAACCUCCACCACCACGGGACUCGACCUCGAAAUGAAAAUCUCACACCACGGGACCUCCACCACCACGGGACUCCACCACCACCGGGACCUCCACCACCACGGGACCUCCACCACCACCACCCCGGGACCUCACACCACCCACGGGAACUCCACCACCAGGGGACCUCCACCACCACGGGACCUCCACCACCACGGGACCUCCACCACCACGGGACCAUCCACCACCCACGGGACUUCCACCACCCCGGGACCUCCACCACCACGGGACCUCCACCACCACGGGACCUCCACCACCCGGACCUCCGACCUCCACCACACGGGACUCCACCACCCUAACGGGGACCUCACCACCCCGGGACCUCCUCGGCAGAAGUUCCUGCGAGAGAACUGA